AUGUCCGAAGUGUUGCCAUACAACGAAGGGAAAAUGAGCGGCUACGGAGCAGACAGCGAGGUCAGCCAAAUGUCCUUUAGCUGCGGACUGCAGGACACAAACGCCUUUUUCGCCGGCUCACAAGCCAAAAGACCCCCGAAGCUCGGCCAAAUCGGCAGAGCCAAGCGAGUGGUGAUCGAGGACGACCGAAUAGACGAAGUCCUGAAAGGGAUGACGGACAAGUCGUCGCCCGGCGUUUAA